GACCACCUAAACUCUAUCAAUUCAAGUUUGAUGUGUUGCUGCUUAGUUACAGAUUGUGCUUAUUCUAAGAUGAGUCAAGUUCUUAUUUUUGUAGAAUUUUAAUCUAACUGGUUUUUGGAUCAAAGGUGUGAAUUUUAACGUACAUGAUUGUACAAGCUUGAAUGACAAUUUGACAGAAUGAAGACAACAUUUUACAUCUUUUGUUUUGUCGCUGUGUGCUUGAUUGCAAGAGCCUCCCCUCAGAAAGUUGGCUGUGAUGGUGUUCUGAGCUCUGGACUAGUGUACGACAAGUGUGGUAUUUGUGGGGGUGAUAACACACGAUGUGAGGUAUACAAGGGAACUUUUAGUACAGUGUUGAUGAAUGUAGGCUACAAUACUAUAUUAACCAUUCCUACCGGUGCCAUGUACAUCAAUGUUACAGAAGUUCAACAGAGCAGAAACUAUUUGGCUCUAGCUGGGACAAAUGGUGAGGCCUACAUAAAUGGAGAAUGGAGAAUAGUUCGAGCUGGCAAUUACUCUGUUGCUGGAACUGUAUUCCAGUACAAGAGGACUUCAGAGGGGAGGUUAGGAUCUGGACAGCAGCUCCUUGCAGUAGGACCCACAAAUAUAGAUCUUGAAGUACAGCUAAUUUUUCAGAAAGCAAAUCCUGGCAUUGAAUAUGAAUAUGUUCUUCAAGGGCAAAGUAAUUUGCAGAUGUCCACUACUCCCAAGCCAAAGAUAACCACAGAGUCUGGAGAUACAAUGGUGAGGGCAGAUCAGGGUGUGGGUCAAGGGAAAAACCCCACCAAGCAGACACCUCCAAGACACAAACCUAAAAAAAGACCAAAGGAUAAGCAUUCUGCUGGAACACAAAACGGAAAUCAACAUUCAGGAUCAAAAAAGAAGAAAGGCCACAAAGAGGCCCAUGCAUCAGCACAGGCUACAGCAGUUCCUCAUCCACCAGAACCAAGACCAACAGAGGCACCAGUGGUGUCGUCCAAAAAAGCCCAACAACAUGAGGAUGUAGGGCUGACAUCUCCAGAUUUGCCACCUAACCUUCGACCAAAUUCUCAACCUGUAGUGGACAGUGGUGGACUAUGGCCUCAUAGGAAUCCCAACCAACAGCAGCUUCCUAGCAAGCAGCCAGACUCUGAUUUAGGCAGUGCCCCAAGUGAGAAUGUCAAUGUCACCCCUGAUACAGGGACAACUACAGAAGCACCUGAUACUAACCAAAAUACUCCAGAAUAUCCAAGAAGACAUCAUCAUGCUCCAAAUAUAAAAGCUGAAGAAGAUUAUGCAGGUUCUCCUUCAAACCCUAAUACAAAUGUUGAAACAAGCACUGAACAACCUGCUCCGUCAGAGAGACCUACUGGUAGUCCCCAUGAAGAGGUAGACAGUAAUGUGCAGAGUGCAAAUAAAGACUCUGCUUUGGUGAAUAAUGUUCAAACUACACCUGAGCCUCUUAUUCAGUUUGGUAAUACAUCCCCAUCUGGUGAUGCAUCCUCAUCUGGUGGUAAAUCCCCAUCUAGUGACACAUCAGAACAAAAGAUAGCCCCAGAUGCACUAAAGGGGAACCAUUUUAAUGGCAAUAGUAAUGAUCGCGAGGAAUCAGGACACACAACUGCCACACCAUACACUGCUGGGUUUUAUGGUCCUAAAGCUGGUGAUGCACAACCAGGAUCUUCACAGGAUGGCAGUUAUCCAUCUGGGAAUCCAUACUAUCCUAAUCCUAAUGGAGGUGCUAUGACUCCUGGAACUUUACCAGAUGGUAGGCCAAAAGUGAUAAAUCCAUACAAACCAGGAUUCAAGAUUCCUGACACUCAGCCACACACUAGACAAGAUGAUGCCUUAAGAGGAGGAUAUCCUCGAGAAAGUGGAUAUGAUGGUCGAUAUCCAAAUAACGGUGGUUAUCCACAAAGGUACCCACAAAAUGUUGGUUACUCUUCCAAUGGACGUUAUCCUCAGUACCCAGGGGCAGGAACACAACAAGGUGGUGGACGUUACUACCCAUCACCAGAUGUUGGAAGUGGUUCACAAACUGGCAACACAGGAGGGCUUGGAGCAGUUCCUCCUUAUGGUGGCUACACACCAAAUUUUGGAGGUGGAGCUGACUCAAGAUAUCCACAAGGAAGUGAUAGUGGAGGUUAUAACCCUGCCAACCAGGGCAGAUUUCCUGGUGGGAAUGGUGGUGGUGUUGGUGGUGGUGUUAGUGGUGGUGGUGGGCUCGCUCCAAAUACUGGCAGUGGAAGACAGUCACCUGUUUUGAAUCCAUAUAAACCUGGAAAUGUUGGGUCUGCAGAAGUCCGCUAUCUUUGGCAGGAGAUCGGCCUUUCAGAUUGUUCAGCCACUUGUGCUGGUGGUACCCAACAAAGAUUAAUAAUGUGUCUUAAUGUACAAACUGGUACUGAGGCUGAUGAAUCGUUCUGUGACAGUAAAUAUAGACCACCAAUGAUGACACUUAUUUGCAACACCCAGCCCUGUCCUGCUAUGUGGGAAGUUGGUAUUUGGAGCCAGUGUAGCAGGACAUGUGGACGUGGUAUGCAAAUGAGACAGGUGAUAUGUAAACAGAAGAAAUCUACAUCCCUAACAACAAUUGUUGACAUGGGAAACUGCGAUGCAAGCAACAUUCCAGAAAAAAUUAAGGAAUGUUCACUUGCAAGAUGUACAAUGUGGAAGACAGGCAGGUGGCAGGCGUGUUCUGCACUCUGUGGUGAUGGAAUUCAAAAUCGUGCUGUAACUUGUGUAGAUGACAACAUGAAUCCAGUUGAUGAAAGCAGUUGUGACAUACAAAAUAAACCCCAGGAUUGGAUAGCAUGCGCUGGUCCAGCCUGUGACACCCAAUGGUUCUAUGGUGACUGGCCUGAGCAGUGUUCUCGGGAAUGCGGUGGAGGUCAGAAGUCAAGGGUAACAGUCUGCACCACAAUAGGUCUCCAUGGUGAUCUGGGUAACACUCAAUGUGACAUUUCUGUAAAGCCACGUGAGGUGAAAGCAUGCAACAGCCUACCGUGUGGUGCAAAGUGGUACGCUUCUGACUGGGGUCAGUGCUCCGCAGAGUGUGGUUCUGGAGUACAGACGCGUAAUGUUCUGUGCAUAAGUGAGAGUAUACCUAAACAAGUGCUGGAUGAUGCAGCUUGUCCAGGCUCCAGGCCAAAUCAACAACAGAGGUGUGAGACAAAACCCUGUGCACCAAUGUGGCUGCAAACAGAUUGGUCAGAUUGUUCAAAGACUUGUGGGGGUGGUCUUCAAACGAGAGAGGUCAAAUGCAUGUCACGUAACAUGGAUGCAUCCAUCGAAUGUGAUGAAAGUAAAAAGCCUGAAACUCAACAACAGUGUAAUAAAAUGAAAUGCACAUUGUUGACGCAACCAAGUUCAACGUGCACGGAUCGUUACACGUACUGUAUGAAGGUUGCUCAAGCACGGCUCUGCUCAUACGCUUUCUAUAAGAAGUACUGCUGCCAUUCCUGUUUCGGACGAAGAUGAAUAAACGUGUCAUAUAACUAAUAAGUGGAUCCUCAAAGUAUAUUGUAUGGGCCCGGGUAAAACAAAUGCCUCGUGAGACCAAUCAGCACGCGUGAAAAUGACACACUGGUUACCUGGUGGAUUAACACGCAUAUCCAUUUUAUAAGUUGUAAAUGCAUGAGAGAACAUUUAUCGAACAUGUAACCAAAUUAUUGGACCCUCAAGCGAAUGCUGUGGGUUAUUUGACUGGCAUUCAAUUUCAAGAAUCCUGAAGUACAGUGAUUCACCUUGGAAACUCAAUUUAUUUAUAGAAGGUGUUACACUUUCUGACUAUAUGUAAAUGUAAUUUUUACGAAAAAGUUUAUUAUUGUGAAAAUCAUUAGAUAUUUAUAAAUGUUUAUAAACAAAGUAUUACAUUAUUAUAUUUGUUUUUAGACUAUUAAAAUAUGACCUCUCCCAUAUCCCCUCCUAUAUCCCUUCCCAGAUUCCCAUUUUUCAGUGUAGAUAAAAAAAUUGCUCUUUUAAAACAGUAAGAUAUUUGUACAUAUAUUGUAAAGAGUUAUCUAAUGGGAAUUCUCAUAAACCUAAUUACUGUCAGAAAAUUAAAUUCCAUUUUAUUAAACUUUUAUGAAGGAUAGAUUGUUGAAAAUGAAUACAAGGGUCAUUAAUAGUGUAGGAAUAAAUAAAUAGUGAAUAAAUGUUAUUUUUAAGAAUUUUACA